AUGGUCACGUGCUCGCAUCUUGCACUCCUCGCCCUUGUCGGCAUCUCUAUCGCCGUCGCGGCGACGCCCCUCCAGUCCAUCCUGGACAUGGCUGAGUUGCCGCCACUCAUGGAGGAUGUUUGGCAUGCCGAGCCGGCCCCUGCAUCUCUCGUGGCCGGCCAGGCCAUCCCGAGCGUCGACGAAAAGAAAGAGAUUGCCGUCGCAUUUGUGCGCAAGCAACUCAAGGCGUACGCUGUACCAGGGAUCGCCCUCUCGGUCGUGUACAAGAAUAGGACGGUGAUCUCUCAAGGCUUUGGCACGACCAAGUUCGGCCACACCGACGCCCCUGUCACGGACAAGUCGGUCUUUCAAAUCGGAUCGUACACGAAAACGUUCAUUGCUCUCGCGAUCGCCAAACUUGCGGAAGAAUCCAAACUAGCGUGGCAAGACCCUGUGAAGAAGCACCUUUCGUCGUUUCGCCUCGUGGACAAGUACGCCGAGGAGCACACGACGUUGGAAGAUCUCGCUGGCAUGAACUCUGUCUUUGGGGACCACGAAGGCGAUGACACGUGGGUGUUGGGAGUGUACGAUGAAAAGAGCCUCGUCGACGCACUCGGGUCAUUCAAAACGACGCGCCCUCUGCGCGCAGGCAUCGCGUACUCGAACAUGAACUUUGAAGUUCUUGGCCAAGUCAUUGAGGUCGUGACCAACCGGACGUGGCCCGAGUACCUCCGCGUGACGUUCUGGGACCCAUUGGGGAUGAAGGACACGGUGGGGCGGCCGGCCGACAGUCCACAACCCGACCUCGUCUCGUUCGGUCACUUGAUGUGCGACUCCAAGGUCGCCGGACCAUUCCACUUGCAAAAUUCGUCCGUCGUCGCGCUGGCUCCUCAAAACAACUACCUCUCCGCCGGCUCGGUGCUGUCGUCGGCUGCCGACCUGUCUACGUUUUCGCGCUUCCUUCUCAACAAAGGCAAGGGUAUCUUUGCGUCCGACGCGUCGGUGGCGACCCUCUUCACGGGGCACACCAUCGGCACAGUGUUCGGGUCCAAGCUCCCAUACGUGGGCCUGACAUUUUCGCCGGACGGGAACGCCGUGUCUGCAGGUCUGGGCUUUGACGUGGUUGGGGACGUAGCGUUUGGCAACCAUUACUUUGAUAAAGGUGGCGAUACGAUUGCGCACAAGACCCGGAACGGAUUUGUUCCGGACCAAGACUUGGGCGUCGUGCUCUUGUCGAAUGGCCAGAGCACCGGCGGCAAGGUCAGCUCCCGUGUUUACUUGGACUUGAUUCGAACGUACAUCACGGGCCUCUUCUUGGACGUUCCUGUCUCGACGCUGAACAAGGGCUUCCACACGAUCGUGAGUGCGUUGGACAAGCUUCCAUCCCAGCCAUGCGACCCCCACUUCUUUGAUGGGAAGCCAUGGGAGACCCCUGGGCUGGACAUCCCGAACCGAACCAAGACGGCGUUGAACGGGACGUAUCACGCCGCGGAUUCGUUUUACGGACGGGGCACUAUCUUCGUCGAGGGCAACGACCUCCUCUUGACCUCAUUGCGACGCCAAACCCGAAUGAGUUGA